AUGUUGGAGCUGAGGCUAGUGCAGGGGAGCCUGCUGAAGAAGGUGCUGGAAGCGAUUAAAGAUCUGGUGAACGAUGCUAAUUUCGAUUGCUCCGCCACUGGAUUCUCCCUGCAGGCCAUGGAUUCGAGUCACGUGGCGCUGGUGGCCCUGCUGCUUAGAUCAGAGGGUUUCGAGCACUACCGCUGCGACCGCAACAUUUCCAUGGGAAUGAACCUCAAUAACAUGGCCAAGAUGCUCAAGUGCGCCGGUAAUGAUGACAUUAUCACACUCAAGGCUGACGAUGGCAGCGACACUGUCACCUUCAUGUUCGAGAGCCCAACUCAAGAUAAGAUUGCGGAUUUUGAGAUGAAGCUCAUGGAUAUUGACAGUGAGCAUCUUGGAAUUCCAGAAGCAGAGUACCAUGCUAUAGUUAGGAUGCCAUCUGCAGAGUUUGCAAGAAUUUGUAAAGAUCUUAGUAGUAUUGGUGACACAGUUGUGAUUUCUGUUACCAAGGAGGGUGUAAAAUUCUCAACAAGAGGAGAUAUUGGAACUGCCAAUGUUGUUUGCAGGCAAAAUACCACUGUUGACAAGCCAGAAGAAGCAACGGUUAUAGAAAUGAACGAGCCAGUGUCACUGACUUUUGCGCUGAGGUAUUUGAACUCCUUCACUAAGGCGACUCCCUUGUCAAACACGGUUACCAUAAGCUUGUCUUCCGAACUCCCAGUGGUGGUAGAAUACAAGAUUGCAGAAAUGGGGUAUGUAAGGUUCUACUUGGCGCCCAAGAUAGAGGAGGAUGACGAGGAGACUAAGCCUUAAGUUUAUUACUUGGAAAUUCUCAUCCUGCUAGUAGUUAGUCAUCACAAGCUUUAGGUCUUGUAUAUCUUUUUACUGCAUUUACUUCCCCUCAAUGAGAGAACUUAUGUUGAAUUCCUUCUUUUUGUACCAGCAUUUUAACUUCCU